UAUAAGUAGAAAAUAGAGAAGGAUAGACCCCAACUGAUAUCAUCCCCCUCCACCAAAAUGGAGAUUGGAAGACCGUCUUCUUCACCAUUCAUAGGCCCAAGCAGCUUCAUCUUUCUUGUUUUGAUGGUUUUCCAUAUUCAAACUAGCUAUGCAAAACAUCAUAAUCAUCAUCUUUGCCCUGCAUCUUCAUGUGGAAAUAUACCCAAUAUAAGCUACCCUUUUCGGCUCCAAACCGAUCCACCAAACUGCGGGAAGAAAGGCUAUGAACUAUCUUGCGAGAAUAACAACAGUACUACUAUCUUAUACUUGUAUUCGGGAAAAUACCAUGUCCAUGCAAUCAAUUACGAUAACUACACAAUCCGACUGGCGGACGUCAAUAUUGACAAGGCUAAUUGCUCCUUGGUACCUCCUUACUCUCUGUUCAAGUAUAACUUCAGUUACGGAGAUCCAUAUUUAAUUAGGAUGAAUACAGACAGUGAAUCAUAUUCACUUUCAGAAGCUAUAACAUUCGUCAAGUGUGAACAUCCAGUUAAGUCUCCUCUUUACAUACCCACCGAUCCAUGCAUUAAUUGGAGUGGUGCUGCUAGUGCUACCUUAUCCAAAGAGGAAUACUACUCUUACGUGAAGGUUGGUGGAACAAGUACAUCGGAGAUAGGGGAUUCUUGCCGUAUAGAGCUGAUGGUUAUGAUCACAUCACGACUGCAGAGAAUUUGGGAAAAAAGCAGCACCAACAUUUCCUACAAAGACAUACACAAUCAACUUGUAUACGGCUUUGAGCUUUCAUGGUUGCCAAGUUUUGCUAAUAAUGUUUAUUCUGGUGACAGUUGCUAUGUCAAAGGUUCCAACAACAGGGUCGAUUGCGAUGAUGGGAUUAAUAUUUUUUGGAAGAUUCUCACUCUCAUUUUGGGGGUGCUCCUCCUGAUCGCUAUGUGGAGCGGAGUAAAAUUUGUUCUUGGGAUUCCAUUUGUAAUUGCAUUUCUUAUAUGCAAAUGGCGAAGGCGACAUUUAUCAAUGUAUAACAUUAUCGAAGAAUUCUUACAAACUAACAACGAUCUUAUGCCUAUAAGGUAUUCAUACUCUGAAAUCAGAAAGAUGACUAAGGGUUUCAAGGACAAACUAGGUGAAGGAGGUUAUGGUUCUGUCUAUAAAGGAAAACUUCGUAGUGGACGUUUUGUAGCAAUCAAGAUGUUAGAGAAAUCCAAGGCUAAUGGCCAAGAUUUCAUCAAUGAAGUUUCUACCAUUGGAAGGAUUCACCACGUCAAUGUCGUGCAGCUUGUUGGUUUUUGUGCUAAGGGAUCAAAACGUGCUCUUGUAUACGAUUUUAUGCCUAAUGGAUCUCUUGACAAAUAUCUUUUUUCUCAAGACAGAAUUAGCUCCUUAGACUGCAAGACAAUGUGUGAAAUCUCAUGUGGAGUGGCUCGUGGUAUUGAAUAUCUUCAUCGAGGAUGCAACAUGCAAAUUCUGCAUUUUGAUAUCAAGCCGCACAACAUUCUUUUGGAUGAGAAAUUUAUUCCAAAGGUUUCUGAUUUUGGGCUUGCAAGAUUAUCCCCAUUAGGCAAUAGCAUUGUCUCUCUUACCGCAGCGAGAGGAACCAUGGGAUACAUAGCUCCAGAGUUGUUUUACAAGAAUAUUGGAACAAUUUCUAACAAAGCAGAUGUUUAUAGUUUCGGAAUGCUAUUGAUGGAAAUGGCUAGUAGAAGAAAGAAUUUGAAUGCAUGUGCAGAUCAUACAAGUCAAAUUUACUUUCCUUCGUGGAUCUAUGAUCAAUUCAAGGAAGGAAACAACAUUGAAAUGGGCGAUGCAACAGAGGAUGAAUCAAAAAUAAGAAAGAAGAUGAUUAUAGUUGCAUUAUGGUGUAUACAGAUGAAUCCAAAUGAUCGACCAACAAUGAACAGAGUCAAAGAGAUGCUUGAGGGAGAUGUUGAAAGCCUGCAAAUGCCUCCAAAGCCUUUUGUAUGUCCACACGAAAAGCCUGUCAAUGAUGAAGGGGUCAAAACAGAUUCAAGAUACUUAACAACAGCUUCAUGUCAUGACGAGUCCGAAGAGAUUAGUCAAAUUAUAGAAUCAAGUUAAAGAGAUAAAAUCUAAGAAUGGUAGGUUUGUUGUUUUCACAUUUACUAUGUCAAAUAUAUGCUUUUAUCCCUUUACUUGUUUUAGAAACAAAUUUUCAUUUACGAUGCCAUAAGACUCUGUAUUAAAUUAGUAUUUUCCUUUCUAGAAGCAAAGUAAUUUAUAUAUUGAGGGAUGAUUCCGAUUGGUCUACUAAAA